AUUGAGAUCGACACCCUACAGGUCAGUGUUUCGAUUUCCAAAAAAUGAGGAGUUGAAAAGCUUUAAAGUUUUAUGUAUCAUAUCUGAAUCCCCAGUCACAAGUUUUGAUUUGCAAAAGCGGAGAAAGCUGAGCACCUUCAAUGUGUGAAUGAUAUAUAAAAUGUGCAAUAUCUUUUUUAAUAUCCUUUUAGUUAUUAUUUUGUUACAAUUAUUUUAUUUUCUCUUAUUAUUUAAUUUUCAGUUAUCGUUGUUUUUAGUUUGUACACUGUUUUUUGUUUUGUUUCCAGUUAUGUAUUUUAUUUAUUUCUUAUCUUUAUUCUGAAUAUAUUUUUUUUAGUAA